AUCUUCUAAGUUAUCGACUCGGACUGCCAGGCACGUCAGAAACGAAGUUCCAAAUUUCGAACGACUUCUGGAUUUCCAUCCAAAGAAAUGGCUGAAUCACAAAGCGGCCCUUCUAAUGGUCGCAAACGCAAGUAUCGAUCAGAUGGCGUAUCACCCACCUGGGUAAAGCGAACAAUCGAAGGCCCAGGAAUCUGGGCAACCUGUGUAAAGGGAAAGGAAAAAGGAACAGUCGGCGAGCUUUACGAUCUAUUUGAAUCACUAGCUGCCGACAUGUGGCCCUUAGAAGGUCAUAAUUCCGAGGACGUGGAUGAGAAUGAAGAGGACGAUCUAGAAACGCAGAUUGCAAAAGAGGUCGCUGCGUUGAAGCGGCCAAAAGUGGAGAAGCGGUUUGUUAACUGCCUGACAAACACCCAAUGCGUAAUUUUCAUGUCAUGUAAACCCCCUGUGGACCCAGUAAAAUUGGUGAUGAAACACGUAGAAAACGUUCAAGAAACGGGCGUCACGAGAACAAAAUACACGCAUCGGCUGACACCAGUUUCCGGUACAUGCGUUGCGAACCUUCCGGAGAUCCACUCCUUAUGUCGUCGAACCGUCACUGCUUACUGUGCCCAAGAGAACACCGAAGGGUCCCCGAAGGCUCGCAAGUACAAAGUCGAGUUACGCGUGCGUAACCACAAUACGCUAACACGAAUGGAGAUCAUCCAAGAAGUAGCUAAAUGCAUGCCGUCAAAUUAUACUGUCGACCUCGACGAUCCUGAUGUGUUCGUUCUGGUAGAAGUCUUCAAGAGCACGUUUGGCGUGAGCAUUGUUGAAGAUUAUUAUCGGUUUCAAAAAUUCAACGUUAUGGAACUGGCGAAUGCGCAUAAUGAACCUGAAAGAUUUGAAAAGGGGGUAGGGCGUGUACAAGAUAAGAAGCAAGAAGGUGAUGAUGGGACUGUGUAGGCGAUGGCUGCAGCGACAUUCCAUUGCACAGGAGAUAACUAUUUAGUGGGGCUGUCUAAUAUCUGACCAUGAUCACAGGACUUGGUGUUUCUGCUGCAAUUUAUUCUAAUUUGUGAGGUCCAACCCAUCCUCCGUCUCCAUA